UUAACAGCGAUAAGUCGAUAGUCAAUAUUCGAUAAGGCGGACGGACACGACUGUGAAGAGCGAAUGCACUUAAAUUAUUAAUUUAAUUCCGUCAAGUCCUUUUAAUUCUAACGUUUCGUCAUGCAAUCGAAUUUUUACUGAAAUACAACUGAUUUGUAUUCCAUGUAUUUUUUAAUUUUCAUGCAAUGUAAAAUCUACAAACAUAUGUAUUCGGUUUUCGGAAAAAGCGCUAAAAUUUAUUUUUUAGUGAUGUCUUGACUGAAAAGUUGUUUUGUAAUAUGGGUGGUAAUGUGUCACAACUAGAGAGAGAUAUUGGAUCAGAUCAGUUUCCUCCAAAUGAGCAUUAUUUUGGUUUAGUUAAUUUUGGAAAUACAUGUUACAGUAAUUCAGUUCUUCAAGCUCUUUAUUUUUGUAAACCUUUUCGAGACAAAGUAUUAGAAUACAAAGCUCGUAAUAAAAGAAAUAAAGAAACAUUGCUCACUUGUUUAGCUGAUCUAUUUCAUAGUAUUGCAACUCAAAAAAAAAAAGUUGGGUCUAUAGCCCCAAAAAAGUUCAUUAAUAGACUUAGAAAAGAGAAAGAAGAAUUCAAUAACUAUAUGCAGCAAGAUGCUCAUGAAUUUUUAAACUUCCUUAUAAAUCAUAUUAAUGAGAUCAUUCUUUCUGAACGUAAUCAAGCUAAUUGUAAUGGUAAAUCUAAAUCAAUUACACCUAAUAUUAUUGAUGGAGAAUCAACUACUAGUAGUAUUACUAGCUCAAGUAGUCAUAAUCAAGAUCCAACUUGGGUGCAUGAAAUAUUUCAAGGAAUACUAACAAGUGAAACUAGAUGUUUAAACUGUGAAGAGGUCAGCAGUAAAGAUGAAGACUUUUUUGACCUCCAAGUAGAUAUAGAUCAAAAUACUAGCAUUACACAUUGUUUACGUUGUUUUAGCAAUACAGAAAUGCUUUGUAGUGAUAAUAAAUUUAAAUGUGACAAUUGCUGUAGCUAUCAAGAAGCCCAGAAAUGUAUGCGGGUCAAAAAAUUACCUAUGAUAUUGGCAUUGCAUUUGAAGAGAUUCAAAUACAUGGAACAAUUUAAUAGGCACAUAAAAGUAUCUCAUAGAGUUGUUUUUCCUUUAGAACUUAGGUUAUUUAAUACGUCUGACGAUGCUGUUAAUCCAGACAGAAUGUACAAUCUUGUAGCUGUAGUUAUACACUGUGGCAGUGGGCCAAAUAGAGGCCAUUACAUUAGUAUAGUUAAAAGUCAUGAUUUUUGGCUACUAUUUGAUGAUGAUAUGGUUGAUAAAAUUGAUCAAUCUGCAAUUGAAGAUUUUUAUGGUCUCACGUCAGACUUACAGAAAUCAUCAGAAACCGGUUAUAUACUUUUUUAUCAAUCUAGAGAUUCUACUGAAAUAUCAAAAUCUGGUACACCACUGAUAUGUAAAAAUAAGUCAGUAACAAAGAUUACAAUCUUACUCCUUUCCACUGGUUGGCUAUGUGUAUAAUAUUAUACAAAUAGUAAUUUUAAGAGUUUAAACAAAAACUAUAAUUAUGUAUAGUAUUUAAAUUCAA